AUGCGUGUUCUGUUAUUUCCGACCGAAUGCUCAGAAGUUAAAGGUUAUAAUUUGAUAAGUGGUAUCUACACCAUCUACCCAACCGGAAAACAAACACCGUCCGUGUCCGUAUUCUGUGAAGCUGAUAGUAAUGGGAGUUUAUGGACGGUUAUACAAAGAAGAUACAAUGGUUCCAUAGAUUUCUAUAGAAACUGGACAGACUAUAAAAAUGGUUUCGGAAGUCCAUCUGACGAGUAUUGGAUGGGAAAUGAUUUAAUACACCAGAUAACAUCAAAUGGAGACCAUAGUUUGCAAUUUAUCAUGACGGACUAUGAAGGCGUUACAAAGUAUGCAAACUACAGAAGUUUCAUCAUAUUAAAUGAGACGAGUGGCUACAAACUUUCUGUUGGGAACUACUCUGGCGAUGCAGGAGAUUCCUUUACGACGCAAAAUGGACAAAAAUUUACAACAAAAGACCGAGAUAAUGAUCCGUAUAGUGGAAACUGUGCAACUCUUUACAUCGGGGCAUGGUGGUAUGGCGCAUGUCAUUCGUCAAAUCUUAACGGGAAAUAUUAUCACGUGUCCAAGAGCCCGUAUGCAAAAGGGAUCAAUUGGUUUACAUGGCACGGUCAUUACUACUCACUCAAGUCAACAACUAUGAUGAUCAGAAAGAAUACAAAAUAGAUAUUUAUUUAAUAAAAAUAUAAAGUUAUGGAAAAUAUAAGCUCAAUACUCCAUUAUAAUUGUCUAUCUUUAUUUUUCUCGUCUGCACACAAUUUUACACAAUUGUAUAACACAUGUAAAUUUUGAAAAGUUUCCAAAACGAAAGACAGUGUAAAGUUGAUAUCGGUUGAUAUUUAAAAAUUUAUAACU